UGGCUUACAGACACUGUGGAGUGAGGGUGCUAACGCUCCGGCGUAUCGUCCGCGCCUUUCACGUGGAUUUAUUUAUUGAUAUCACAAAUAUGAGCUUGGCAGUGCUUCUCCAGGCCGCGGAGUACAUAGAGCGGCGGGAGAGAGAAAUGGAACACGGGUACGCCUCCACGCUGCCCAUGCCAGACCACUUCAGGUUAAACAAAGUGUCAAAACGGUCCCGCUCCAAGUCCAAGCUACAGAACAACAGGACGACACAUAACGAGCUGGAGAAAAACAGGCGAGCGCAUCUAAGAACGUGCCUGGAGAAACUGAAGGAGAUGGUGCCGCUGGGGCCUGAUGGCUCCCGACACACGACGCUCGGCCUGUUGACACGGGCCAAACACUUCAUCAAGAAUCUAGAAGACAAGGAGAGGAAGCAGACGGCUCAUAAGGAUCACCUGGCGAGGGAGCAGAGGUUCCUGAGGCGAAGGUUGGAGUCUCUGAGCCCCGAGCUAGUGCCGCGCCUCAACCUGGACCUGAUCGGUAAGCGGCGUUCCGUCUCCGAGAGCUCCUCCUUCUCCACCUCGUCGUCGUCCUCCUCCUCUUCCUCAUCGUCUUCAUCUGCUUCCUCCACUUCAGAAUCAGACGAAGUGGACAUCCUGGGCUAUGCCAGCAACCAGAGUGAUACAGAUGAUCACUCUUCCAUCCAGUCAUCCGCCAGUGAUGGGGGUGUGACGCUCUCCACCAGGCGUCUCACCCUCACUGAGCCCACCUCCCUUCCCCUCUAGGUGGCAGUAAGUGUGUAGCAGCAGAGGUGAGGUGGUGGCAGCGAGCCAGUUAGCCAGGUGUGGUCUCCAGGCUGGAGUCAGCAAGCAGCUCAGCCUCACAGUCACGUCUACACCAGCAAGAAAAAUGUGUUUACUUGGUCCAUCAUGCCAUGUCACUAGUGAUCAGGACAAAGAGUUGAUGGCCUUGUCCCCGUGUUCUAUGAAUGCCUUGUUUUUUAUGAUGAGUGAGACUGUUGGGUGAGUGGCCUCUCCUCCACUGUCCUGCCCCACCCAGCUGGCUGACUGCAGCAAUGUGACAGAAGGAGACAUCAAUCUCCACCACCCAUGUUUUAAAAGAUAUUUUAUUUUUUGUCAUGAAAGCCAAAAAAUAGAGAGGAUGAUAUAAAAAUUGCACAUUGUUAUCUUUGAUGUGAACAUAAGAAGGUUUUUUUUAAAUUAUAUAUGAAUGCCAGGAGAGGUGAUGCCCAAGAAAUGAUGUGUGAUUCAUGUGCAGAUAUUCAAUCUACAUAUAUAAAUAUAUACAUAUAUAUUUUUCCUUCCUUUCAUGUGACAUGUCAUCAUUACUCGCCAUGUUUAAGAUCAUUUCUCAUUCUUCAAAAAAAAACAAAAAACAAAAUAUAAGCCCAGCCCCUGCUUCCAUCCAGCCUGACACACGAACAGUAUACUUGAAGUGUUUUGUGUUGGAGGAACAUAAUGGAAACAACCUGUUCUAGUCACACAAAAAGAUUCCCUGAGAUGGAUAUUUGCUUAAACACUGAAGGAAAUUGUAAUGCUUCAAUAGUUUUUGCUUUUUAGUUGCUUUUCAUUCAAAUCACAGAACAAACAGCAAGAUUUAAAUAGUUUAUAUUUUUUGAUAAGGCAAAUUAUAUAUGAGAUAUCAAAGGUUGGUAGUUAAGAAGCGAGGCCACUGACUUGUUAUUGACACGUACCACUGUAGCACCUGUUCCUAUGGGAAGUAGGUGUACCACUGGCAACAUUAAUGCUCCUCUCAGUAACUCAGCUUGACAAUGCUGAGACUUAAAGCUGAUAUUUAUAUGCAUGUCAUUUUCUCUCUCUCUCUCUCUCUCUCUCUCUCUCUCUCUCUCUCUCUCUCUCUCUCUCUCUCUCUCUCUCUCUCUCUCUCUCUCUCUCUCUCUCUCUCUCUCUCUCUCUCUCUCUCUCUCUCUCUCUCUCUCUCUCUCUCUCUCUCUCCACAAUUCCCAGUUGGUGGCCAAGAAAGCAGCACAACAGCUGAGGGAGAGUUGCAUACCCCCAAAAAGUGGCCCAGAAGGUGUACUCAGCCACUUGACCCUCCACCUCACCCUAGACCACCGAGGAACAUGUCAAUGGAUCUCCACUCAAUGGACUGUGCCCAGGAGUCCCUUCCCUCCCACCUCAGUCUCCCUCACCAUCAUUGUGGCUUCCCUUGGCUCGACCUCAGUGCUAAAUGUCAAUGUUUUAUUUUUCUUAUGAACAAAUUCUUCCAAGAGUGAAUUUUGAUUUGUGUGUGUUUGACUUAGUUGUGCUUCAUGUUGGUCCAAGGCCGGGGAUAGCCUUCGUUUGUGCUGUGUUGAGCCAUUCUAGCAUUCCAACCCCAGGACAUGGAAACUUUCAGCACAGAAGUUUGGAGAAGAGUUGGAGUUGUACAAAAAGAUAUUAUUUUAUUAUAAGAAAGUGGAUAUGUUCUACUGCCACCAUAAACUUUUAAUGAGUGUGAAAACUGAUUGAGGAAGACACAAGCAUACCAUACUCUGCUUGAGAUAAGUAAUCUGUGAUAAACCUUUGAGAAAAAAAGAAAGUGAGAUAGUUAUGUAACUUUUUUAUACACAAGAAUAUUAAAUGCAAUAAUUACUGCCAGCUGUGACUGCCAGCCCCCAUGGAAUGCAAAGAAAAGCUAUUCCACCCUUCACAAUAUGUGAGAAUAACUGAUUUUUUCACUGUCACUAAUCCUAGCCUGGCUACUGUUUUUUACCUAGCUGUUUGGUAUUCCAUAAACUGAGUUGGCACUGUAAACAUUUCUUCAGAAGGCUCCACCAGCGAUGGGACGCCUGGGCGGUCUCCCUUGUACAGUGUAAAUACUGACUAGUACAACAAGUAGUCUGGACACAGGGUACCAGCCUUUUCCACUGGACUCCUGCUAGCUUUAAUUUCUGCUGAUUCCAUGGGAGGUUUAUCUUAUGAUAAUUUUAUUUUGUCAAUUCUUCAUUUUUAUAUGGUAUCUGCUAUCCUGAAAAGUCAUAGUAUUCCAUUAAGAAUGGAAGAAUUACUCAGUACUUUGUACAUAAAAUUAACUAAAAGAAUUAUUUAUAGAAAAUUUUCACAUAUUUCAAAUAAUUUUCAUUACCUUUGUUGAAAACUUUUAAUGUGGAAACAGAGACCUCAUUCUUACUGACUUGUAUCCUAUUGGCAGACAUGCACACCCUCAUUACACUUGUCCAGUCACAUGGGCCACUGUGUGCAUACCUGGCAGCCACCUUUGUCACAUGUGCAUGUGUCAUGAGGUGCUGACAGUGAGUGUUGUGGCCACGAGCCGUCCCUGAGAUCUUGGGUGGUGCUGGGCAGCUGUUUUUCUGCUGUGAAAAAGUUAUAUACAUUUUCUCAGGAGCAGCACCAAUUUUGUCAUCCUGAAGCAGGAAUUGCUCUUGUUUUAUACAAUUGAUAGAACUUUUGAUCAUCUUUAAACUCUACCUUGAGUGUGUCAUAUUUGACCAUUGCUGUUUAUUACUUGAUUAAGCAUAUAGUAAAAAAAGUUUUCUUUAUGCUAUGUGAUUUUUUAAAAUCAUGUUUUUAAAACAACAGCAUUUUGGUACCUAUCCUACAAGCCUUGCACCACCCAAAAUCUCCAGCCAUGAAGAGCUCGGGCUUGUCUCUCCACAUACCAUCCCUUAAUAAGCAUAAAUGUGCAAUAACCAUUAUUGAUAAGCUAAAGAUUUUAGACAAGCCCCCAAUGGAGUACCACUGGCAAAGCAACAGUAUCCUGUGCACCCUCAGGAAUUUUCUUGAAUGGAUUGCAAUCUGCGCCACAUUUCUAGAGACUUUAUCUGUGAACUAUAGCUUGGGUAUCACUUAAGCUGUGAGAAUAAUGUACUGUACCUCUUUACAUUAUCAUUGUUGUUGUCAUUUUUACCAAGUGAGGCUUCUAUAACUUGAAUAUACCAAUGACAAAACGUCUUCUCAUGCAUUUUGCCAAGAUUUGGUUAUAAAUCAAGAAGAGAUAUUUCCAUAGAGAUGAAUUUGUUGUAAGUUUUGUGUGUGGGUCAACUUUUAGUAGUUAAGUCAUCACCAUGAUCCAGUACCCACACAGCCUUGAAUGUUACUGUAGUCAGUCAGUCAGUCAGUCAGUCGCUACCAACCAGCCCAGCUGUAAUGCGGUGGUGCCAGUGUCUAGGCCUUUGCAGUAAUUGGCAACUUAUCCUGCAUCCCUUUCAGAGAUCAGGGUGAACAAAAAAUUCACUUUCCUUUAUAGAGUUCUGCUGUAGGUGAGCCCUGGUUAAGCUGGCAUCACCUGUACCUGGGACUCUACUCUCUUGCCCUCUCUCACUAUGCAUUUACCUCAUCCUCAAGGUGUACACUACUCUUCUUUAAUUUUAUUGUGUCUACAGAGUUAAUCAAGAUACAAUGAACAAUUGGAUGUUUCUAAAUCUCAGAAAAAUCUAACCAUCCAUCCAUCUAUUUGAAAGUUCUAACAGUAUUUUUAAGGUCUCGUCUUAGACCUUAACUAACAUUAAAAAGACCACAGUGUAGCCUGAGGGGCAGCAGAUGCCAUGUGAAGUGUCUGGAAAGGGAGCAGAGUCCCUGCCACACCUGAGGUUCUUCCCUCUCAUUACGUACUUUAGUUUGAUCUCGUGAGAUGCCAAGGCAGAACACCCAACAAUACAGUCAGCACUGUCUGUGAGGGCUACCCUGUAGUGGUGAUGCAAGAUACCCUCAAAGCAGUGCUCACACCCCACUCCCUCUGUUAACACAGGUAUACAUGACUGAGGUGAGUGGUGGCUGUGGUGUGUGUUGUGCCUGCGGUGCCCACCCGAGCACGCUGACGAGUGCAGGCCCCAUGCUGCCUCACCACUGCCCCUCCCACUCCAACACCAAGCAAGCACAACAUCAUUCUCUUUUAGGAAGCAUAAGCAUCCUUGGCCAAUAUCAUGGGAGUAAAAUGAAAAUCAACCAGGUGGGCCUGAAUGGGACUGUUUCUCACUUGUGGUGGUGGUGGUGGUGGUGGUGGUGGUGGUUUGUGGGCAGUGAUGUGUGUACACCUUAAUCCUCAAAGGAAUACUGGGGUGGGUGCUCACAAAAAAAUGUACAAAAAGAAAAAAAUCUGUUCAUAUUGUGUCAAUGUGUCUUGCCCCUUUCCAUAAUUCUUCUUCACUAGCCUGACAGUGGACAGGGGAUGGGAUGAGUAUGCCUGCUGGGUGGUGGCUGCUUGAACCUCCUGCCCUAUCCAUUGUCACAACUGUAGGUAGAAGUGCCCAAUCCUCUCUUUCUUUAAUCUGUUACUUGAUUUCUUCUUAUGUGUUGGAUUGUCUGAUGUGCAUCAGUCAUCCAUAGAAACACUGAAUGCGAAAAAAAAAUCAUCCGUGUCUUAAACAUUUUGCAGACUUUUCUCUGACUUUUGCACCAAUGUUUUAAACCCUGAAAAGAAAAAAGUCCAUUAACAACUAAUCCCUUCAUGUGCUUGUGACAUACACUACUUAACUACAAAUUGGAGGCUGGUGUAGGUUGUUGAGUAAGUGGUGUGUUUAAGCUGGGUAAGCCAGGCCACAGCACUUAAAGCAUGCUGUCAUCUUGUGAAAAAUAUGUCCAACACCACAAGAGGAAUUAAAAAUGUUUUUGACAUAACAAGGAAAGUGCAUACUAUUAGCAAGGAAUUUGACAUUUUCUCCAUGAUACACAAACAGUUCACUGACAGAAAUACCUCUGUGUAAAUACAGGAAACAUAACAUUUGUAUUUGCAUUUAGAUUAUGUGAUGUCAUUUCUUGAUAAGCUCAUUGUUAAUUCCUCGCCACCUAUGUAUUUAAUCUGUGUCAGUGAAUCCCACUGAAUCAGUGUAUGCCUUUUUGUACUAUAUGAGGAGAGCUACCAUCUUGGCAAACUAUUUAUUACAGACUUCCUCCUAACAUGAAGGAAUGAUUCAAAGUGGAAGCAUUCACUGCAUCACAUACUGCCAUCACUGGUGACAAAAUUCAAGCUCAACAAUAAAAAAGACUGCCACAACUUGCAGACCCUCUUUGUUAUCUUAAUAGCAAGAACAGGAUGAGUGCUUCACAGGGCCAAGUGCAACACUCCUUGUGAUGUCAUCUAUAAGUAAAUAUAUUAGACAUUUGUCAGGGUGGGGCUGCAAACUGGUAGUGGCUCAGGCUGCCAUGUAGUCUGUCCACAUUACUCACCCUAAAAAGCCGUCCUUGGAACCUUCCUUGAACCACCAGUGCGUCCUUUGUGACGCAGGAUGGUGUUGGCUCCUCAAUUGGCCCUCAAGUCCCUGUAGUGUGGAGAAUCCUGAAGCAGCAGGACACCACAACCUACACAGCAUCCUGUUCUUUCUCUGCAUGAUUUAGUUGCCAUCCAGUCUGUGUCAGUGAUAGAUCCCUCCACACAGUUAAUGAAUGUUGGUGACUCACAAUGUUCUUGCUCUCUCCACUUCCACUAAUGAAUCAAAACUGUAGAGUCCUGGGUUUGCAGACACAAGAAUUUUGUAGGUUAUGUUGCUGGCCCCCUUUCUCUCUCUCUCUCUCUCUCUCUCUCUCUCUCUCUCUCUCUCUCUCUCUCUCUCUCUCUCUCUCUCUCUCUCUCUCUCUCUCUCUCUCUCUCUCUCUCUCUCUCUCUCUCUCUCUCUCUCUCUCUCUCUCUGUUUCUUCCUCACAUCUCUUCCUUCCACCAACAAUAGAUCAGUCCCACCUCAAGACAAACCCACUACGUGUCGCAAAAUACCAUCAAUGUACAUAUUUCCAGUGACUGUUGUUUCUGUUCUACAUGAUUUUCUUGAAUCUAAAUAAAAAUAAUUUGUGUA